AUGUGUCAUGUCAACAGCAUGCGGAAAUCUGAAUGGGCUGAGCAAGAUUUUACCAAAGGAUUUUAGUUAAAUAUUUUUAAAUUAAAGAUAUAUUUUUUGUUCUGUGUAUGAAAACAAAUAGCGCAAAUAAUUACCUACUUUUUUCUUUUCUUUUGUAGUUGUACAUACUUCGAUUUCUUUUAAAUUAUACAAAUCACAUUAAACGUCACCAACUCACCAUUACAUUUAUACUUAAUUUCAAUCUCGCUAAAACAUAGAUAAUGGUCCACCUAAUGAAGAGGGCUCUUGAGCUAGCGCAGGAAGCACUAGUCGCGCAGGAGGUUCCUGUUGGUUGUGUGUUCUCAGAUGGCGAAAAAAUAGUUGCAGAAUCAAGAAACUGUGUAAACUUGACUCGAAACCCCACGAGACACGCUGAAAUCAACUGUAUAGACACUGUAAUUGCCUACUGCAAAACAAAUAAUAUAAAUUACAAAGAAUUAUUUCCUAAAAUAACUGUGUAUGUAACAGUUGAGCCAUGUAUAAUGUGUGCUGCGGCUCUCAAUGACCUACAUGUGAAGGAAGUAGUGUACGGGUGCGCUAACGACAGGUUUGGGGGGAAAACUGUAGUAGAUGUUAAUAGUUACUAUGAACACAACUACACACUUACUGGGAACUUGAUGGCAGAUGAGGCCAUGGCCUUGCUAAAACAGUUCUACAAGGGUGUCAACCCUAAUGCACCAGAGCCAAAAGUGAAGAAGAGAAAGGAUAAUGAAUAAUGUAAUAAUGUUCUGAUUAAAAAAAAAUAGACAAACAAUACAUCUUGUAAUUUAUUGCAGCAGAUUUUGCAAUAUCCUUCAUUGUUUCAAAGGAAAAUCUGUUUUAUCUAUGAGUAAUGUUUGCUGUUCAUAGAUUAUUCCCAGACUUAAAAUUAAAGUAUUGUAAUAAUAAAACAUCUGACUUACA